GGUCUGUUCUUCAUCAAGAUCAAUUGAGUAAUCAUCUUGAACGCCUCCUCAGUUUCUUUCAAUGGUCAAAACACAAAGUUUGGUUUGCCCCCUUUGGAUGUUUUGAAAUCUAUUGAUAAUUGUCGUGAAAAGUUUGAUGAAUCGAGAAAAUUUGAUCAUGUGGUAUUUGGGUUGUUGAUGGAUAAGUAUAGGGAGAAAGGGUAUUUGUUUGAAGCUGCUAGUGUUCUUUUUGCUCAUUGUAAUGAUCUUGAUUGUAUGCCUAGCUUGUUGUAUUGUAAUCGUUUGUUGACGGAUCUGUUGAAAGAUGGUAACUUCAGAUUGUUUUGGCGAGUUUGUGAUGCAAUGCGUGAAGCAAAUAUUACGUUUAAUGCCCUUACGUAUACUAGUAUGGCGGAUGCUCAUUGUAGAGAGGGGAAUGUUAGUGAUGCCAAGGAAGUAUUGGCUGAGAUGGAAGAGAAGGGUCUUUGUUCAAGUAAUUUUACCUACAAGUUUUUGAUGAAGGGUUUGUUUAGAGCUGGGUAUGUGGAUGAGGCAAUUGAGGUUAAAAAGAGCAUGCUUUCCAAGUCGUUACUCCCUAAUCGAUAUUUUUAUGCCACAUUUAUUGAUGGGCUUUGUGCUGCGAAUAGAUUUAGAGAGGCAAUAAUGGUAUUAGCUGAGAUGUCUGAGAUGGGAGUGAAGCCUGAUGCAAUGGUUUAUGAAGCUUUACUUGAUUGUUACUUGAGACAUGAUGAUGUGAAUGAGGCUUUUAAAAUUAAAGAUGCUAAAGGCAUUACUUUAGCCCUGUGCAAUACGCUUCUUCGUGUGCUCUGCAAGUGUGGUAAGAUGGAGAAGGCAAAUGAACUUGUGGAUGAGAUGACUAGUAAAGGUAUCAAGCCUGGUUCAACAACUUAUGCCUUGUUGAUUGAGGGACAUUGUCAAUGGGGUAAUGUUGCCACUGCUUUGGAGCUUCUUGAAGAAAUGAAGAAGAAAAAUCUGGCCUCUGUUGAGUCAACCUAUUGUAUGAUAACUGAUUGUCUCUGCCGCAAUAAGGAUCCGAACACGGCUAUGUCUUCUCUUCCAAACUUGAUAAUGAAGAAAGGGAAGCGAAAUGCUCAUACGUGGAGAACUUUAUUGAUGAAUUAUCCUGGUAAAGGCCACUUACUGAAGUUGAGGGGGGUUGUGGAGGCAAUGCAUAAGCAUGGGAUUGUGCCAGCUACUCCCCAUUACAAUAUUCUUAUAAAGGGUCUCUGCGAGACGCGGAAGAUGAAAGCUGCUCAAAGUUGCUUGGUUGAAAUGCUGGAUAAAGGCCUAAACCCUGACCAGGGUACUUAUGAACCCUUUAUCAUUGGAUAUUGUCGAAAAGGGCAGUUGCAAAAUGCGGAAAGAUAUUUAUUGCAGAUGCUGCAUCAUGGGUUUAAGCCCAACAAAGAAGUUUAUAGUGCUUUGAUCAGUGCGAACUGUAAAAGUGGUUAGGUAAGCCACGUCUUUGGGGUAUUUUUAAGUAUGCUUGCUCUGGGGAUUUUGGAAUCGUGGGAGGCCUAUGUUGUCCUCCUUCGUGGUCUCUUGGUGAAUGGAAAAAUGCUAGAAGCAGCUGAAGUUAUUUCAGAACUUCAUGGCAAGAAUCUGGUUGCUGAUGUUUCAUUCUAAGAAGCGCUCUCAUCUGUUAUUUUGUUAAACACUCUGAGAUUGAAAAGGCCUUUACCCUAUACGAGGAAUCGCAAAACUGAGGUAUUCGUCCAAACUUACGAUACUCACAGUCACUUGAUUGUUGGGCUGCUUAAUGCAGGUCAAACUGAGAGAGCUGAAAUGAUAUACAAUAUCAUCUUAAAAGAAGGUUUGGGACCAAAUAGUGCCACAUACACUACCAUGAUAUCUGGAAGGCUGCUAGAUACUGACAAUAGAUAGAUUAAUCAUGAAAAACUGAUUCAUAAUGUCUGUAAAGAAGUUCGCGUGGGCUUGAUCCCUCUUAAGGAGGAUCUACAAAUUGUUGCCCUCCUUUAUUCAUAUGAUAUGAUAAAGCAAGUUUAUUGAAGCAAACACUUGAACUUUGUCAUUCCAUUGGUUUUUAUCUUGUCAAAUGUUUGCUUGGUUCAGAUUCUUUACCUUCUAAUAAGCUGUUGCUGCAUUUGUACUCA